AUGUACUAUGGAANAAUGAUAAAGUCUGCAACGAGAAAGAAGACUGAGAUUUUUCAAAUGGAUUUGUUGCAAAGAGAAGUUCGAAAGCAAAUUGAUGGAAAAAAGUACUUGCUCAUCAUGGAUGAUGUGUGGAAUGAAGAUUACGAGAAAUGGGUUAUUCUCAAAAGAUUAUUGACGGCUGGUGCAUCAGGAGACGAAGGAUCAGAAAAAGAACUUGAAAAUUCGAAUCUAGUCGAAAUUGAGAAGGAGAUUGUGGUAAAGUUAAAAGGCCUUCCUCUUGCAAUAAGAACGAUCGGACGUCUUCUAUAUGCCAAAAAACCAGAACAUCAUCUUUGGUUGGCUUUCAAGGAUAACGAGCUUUCUCAAGUUUUGGAACAAAGAGAAGAGACACAAUUCAUGCUAUCAAUACUAAAGCUCAGUUAUAGCCAUCUCCAAUUUAGUUUGUCUUAG